UUUGGGGCGCUCGUUUUAAUAUUCAGCUUUCACCGUUGACGGUCGAUGUACACGGAUAGUGAUGGAGCAGUGGGCGGGCACUCCUCCGCAGCCUGCUGCGAGAAACAAAUCUGUCGCACCCCUUGUAGGAAAACAAGUGCCGAGCUAGCGUUGACUGUAGCGAGCAACUUAGCAAUCUUUUUUGGGAUCAUAUCGCCUUCGCUGUGGCAUGGCGGAGGGCAGCGGUGGUAGCGCCGGGGCGGCCAACCUGCCACCCGGUGACCCGCAGCUGAUCGCCAUGAUAGUGGAGCACCUGAAGAACCGAGGGCUCUUCGACGAGUUCCGCCGGGACUGCCUGGCCGACGUUGACACAAAGCCUGCCUAUCAGAACCUGCGACAGAAAGUUGACAACUUUGUCACGACGCACCUGAGCACGCAGGAGUGGAAUCCAUCCAUCAACAAGAACCAGAUGAGGAAUGGCCUGAGGCAAAGUGUUGUACAAUCAGGCAUGCUGGAGUCUGGAGUGGACAGGAUCAUCACCCAAGUAGUGGAUCCCAAGCUGAACCACACUUUCCGGCCUCACAUUGAAACCGCCAUUCAUGACUUUCUCUCUGGGGAAAGGAAGGAAGAGACCUCCUCCAAUUCUAACCUUGCAGCCUCUGAACAGGCGGAGCAGCCAGACACUCUACCUGCUGCGGGCCCCAAAACCCCCUUGAAUUUGUCCCCGGACAUGCAGGUGAGGUUGUCGGCUGUGUUUUUCCUGCUCCUGGCCUGUCAGCGGGUCCUGGCGGAUCCACGUGAGGAACACGGGAAACAAGUGAGCCCGGCGAAGAGCCGCCUGUCCCUGCAGACCACAGCUGAAAUCCAGAGUUGUUUGGUGAGUUCAGGGGAUGUCGGCUGUGGGACAUUUCAGUGUUUCAGCAACAGCUCCUGUGAGAUCCGUGGGCUGCACCACAUCUGUCUCACCUUGCUGCACAAUGCUGGGCGCUACGACUCACAGGGUAAGUCAUUUGUGAAGGACGCGUUGCGGUGCAUGGCGCUCGGCCUGCGCCAGCGGUUCAGCUGUGUGAGCCGGCGGUGCGGAGCGGUGAGAGACAUGGUGUUCUCGCUCCAGAGGGAGUGCUACUCCAAGCACCAGCUCUGCCUGGCAGUACGAGACCACAUGGACACCAUGGGGGACCUGGUCCAGUUCCACCUGCUGUUCCCACCUGGGCCAUAUGUGGAGCUGGUGAACUUCCUGCUGGGCUGUGGAGACCAGGUCAGGUCCUGGGUUGGCCAUCAGCUGCAGGGGCAGUGCGAACAACACUGGGGGGCGCUGUGCCGCAACCUCAGCGCCUGCUCUCUCACCCAAUCAGACACUCCAGACAACACCACCAUCCCACCCCCUACCGUGCACCAGCCUAUCACUGGCCAGGGCCCCCUGCAGCAGCCAACCAGGACAGCCAACCCAGAGGAGAGGAGGAGUCUCAAUGUGACCGACAACGCCACAGAGUUUGGCCUCCCUGCGUCUGAGACGACAAACGGCACAGCUCCGUAGACAGAGACAGACAGGGAUGAGACAGAAAGACAGACGGACAGGCAGAUGUGCAGACAGGGUCUGCCAGAAACAAAGGCUGUGCACUCACCAGUUUAAGGUAGUACAACAGAAUGAGUAGUAGUAGAAGUAGCUGUGUUACAGUAUUUAGAGUGAAAGUCAUGCAAGAUAACUUAUUCAUCUGCCAGAGGAGUUUACGGUUUAGUAUUUUCUUUACAUUUGACCUGAUAUCAGCAAUCUACCUCACCUCAACACAACAGUAAACCAUAAUGGCAUGUUUACUUCAGCAAGGUCAUGGAUACACACACACACACACACACACACAGACUCAUGCACACACAGAUCUCUGGACUUGAACACGGGUAAAGACUUUACAGGGAAUUCGUCCCCAUGCAGCUGAUUCAGCAUCAGUAUUCUACCUAUUUAAGUCUUUUUUUUAAUUUAUGAGUUUUUUUUUUUUUUUUUUUUUGGUUUGUUUGUUUCAUUGUUAUGCGUCAUACAGUCUGCUGAAACAAACAUUAUCUGUCAAACAGCAUCUUGUAGAUGCUCAGGAUAGAGGAUGCAGGAGGAGGCAGCACAUUAUAUGUUAUAUGUAUUUCUAACAAUCACUUUUCAUAC